UCAUUGGACGGGUCCGCAAACGUUAAAAGGGGCGUGAAGUUUGCUGCUAGCAGCUAGCUCCUCUGUGAUCAUCUGGGAUCUGUUUCAUUCUUGGCGGCGCCCAGCAGCAUCGCAAAAUGAAACUGUAGAGCCUUUGCGGACUAUUUGCAGCAGACCCGGCUUACUUUCUUCUGUGAGCCGCAGUUGCUUUCAGACACACGGGCAAGAAGUGGAAGGGUGACCCGGCCUCUCUUUCUGGAAAUGGCAUUGUGACUAUUGGCGUUGAUGCUAACUUAGCUAGUUAGCUUCCCGUGCUAAGUGGCUGGACCGUUGGUUAUGACUGAACCAUCUAGCUAGCUUUGAGCACAAUACUAGCUUACAUUAGCAAGGAGGUAAACUCGCGUUAUUAGAGUCACUCAGUAGUAACGUCGUUGUUUUAACGUCGUCUACGUUGGACUCGAGGCGGACAUCGGUUUUGUACAGAAGAAACCAGCGGAUAGUUUGGCUAACGCUAACUCAUUUAAGGCGCUAACAUGUUGCGGUAGUUUUGUUGCGCUCCAGUCGUCACCCUCUGCUGCUUUGCUCCAGCAGACUAACGGGUCAGCAGCUAGCAGUUACUGGGCAUUGUGCGGUAUGUAGCCAUGGCAUGCUAACCAUUCUCCAGGAAAGUUGGUAAAUGCUAAUAACGUUACAGUCAACGUUAACCGCAGGGCAGAAUUGACUCAUUUAUGCAUGGAGAAUUGUAGAUUUAGCAUUGUUAUGGUUAACAAGCAGCGUUAAUUUGCUUUAACUGACGACAAGGCCUCGCAGAUUGCUGUGUUAUCUCACGUUGUGUUAGCUAGUUUGUCUCAGAUCUGUUGCCUGGUUGGUAAUGUUUACUCACAACAUGUAAGGCUAACAAAGUUUUAGGAUCAAUAAUGUAACCUUACUGAGCUGGGUGGCCAUUUUAAGUUAAUGAUUUAGUGACAGGCUGCAUUAUCUAGCCAAAAAAUGAACAACUCAGGAGUCAUGCCACAAGAAAAGAUGGAGCUGGAUCUGGAAAUCCCAUCCUCCUUAGUUCAGACCGAUGGACACCUGAGGAGAUCCAACAGUGCACCCAUGAUAAAUGGCUUAAGUGAUAACUCCCAGGUGUUCCAGAGAGAAGUCCUGCGUAUUCGGAGAAACAGCACUACAGUUGUCAACAGGCCUAACAUGGUCCCUUCGUCACCUAUUCGCGUCCCCAGCACCAGACUUCAUCAGAUAAAACAGGAAGAAGGUGUAGAUGUGAUGAACAGAGAAACGGCACAUGAGCGGGAGGUUCAAGCUGCCAUGCAAAUGAGCCAAUCCUGGGAAGAAAGCCUCAGUCUGAGUGACAAUGAUUUGGAGAAGUCUUCGUCUCCAAAGCGGAUUGACUUUGUGCCUGUGUCGCCUGCCCCGUCCCCCACCAGAGGAAUUGGAAAAAAGCAGUGUUUCUCUCCUUCACUACAAAUCCUUGUGAGCAGCAAUGGUCUAACACCCAGUCCAAUCCCCAGCCCAACACGGCGGUUCAGCCGACGGAGUCAAAGUCCAAUCAACUGCAUCAGAGCCAGCAUACUCGGUCCAAUAAAACGCAAAGGUGAGAUGGAGACGGAGAGUCAACCUAAAAGGCUCUUCCAGGGAACCACCACCAUGCUGUCCUCGGAUGUCUCUAACCUGUCAGAUCUCAGUUCCUGUCACUCUCCAGAUCUGCUGGACGGCAGCCUCAGCAGCGUCUGCUCCUCCACCGACUCGCCAGGCAAAAUGGAAGGAGUGUCGCCUUCCUCGUCCAGCAACUCCCCCUUUGCUUCCCUCCAAGAUUUGUCCCCAAAAUGAGCGUGGGGACUGCUAGAGACACUAAAAAAAAAUGUAGGGGGAAUUUUAAAAAACCUCUCUCUCUUGGGAACCUUCUCAGACCCUUUCCUUCACCAAAAUGUAGUUUUAAGUGGAGUUUGCUUCUGAACGGCUGUUUUCAUGGCUGCAGAGGGUCUAGAUGGGUUUGAAAUACGGAAACGAAAGCCAUGGACGAGUUUGUAAGAAGUGAGCCUAGUCAAACUGGGAAUGACUGAAGACACUGUGAGCACCAGCUGCUAGUUGAGGAUCUUGGAUGGUGCUUGGCUUCGUAGUGAUAUUGUUUGUAAGUGGCUAUCCUGCACAUCUGUCCUACCAGUUCCCCCUCAGCACAGAGGGACAUCGAGCACUGGACACAAAAGAAAAGGACUGUAUGGAUAUGUACAUCUCCCUGUUUUUGUGCUGGAAAUCUCCUGUCCACAGGCCUUUGUAUGUACACAGUGUGCAGAUUUUGUAAGAAAAGAUUUAACUUAUUGUUUUCCUGCUUUGUUUGUAAUUAUGUACAUAUUAACCAUGUCAGAUGUCGUACAUUGUUUUAAGUUUGGCUGUGAGGUGAAUGUAGGCACAAGGUCUUCAACAGCUUUCUUUGUAAAGGAAGAGAAAUGACUUCUGGGGUACAGCUAUGGAGAUGUCCUGUUAUACUGUAAGAGAAGUUACGUUUUGAGCAGAUAUUCUGAAUAUUUUUAUGAUAUAGGCUGUGAACUGUGGUGAUUUUUAAAAAAAAAAAAUUUCUCUCCAGUUUGGCUGUUGAAUCAGAACUGAAAUAAGAUGGUCAUUCCUGGUAGUCUUUCAACACUAAAGGUUGCUCUGUAAUCCUGUGUUCUUGUCAGGAUGAUUUUUGUAGAUAUAAAGUAGAGAAAAAGAUUACCUUCUUCUUCUGGCAAAGUGUUCUUAUUUAUGGAGGAAAGAGGAAAAAAAGGUUUAUUAUAAAGUUGGAUGGUGAUAGGUUUCUAUCCCCAGUAAACCUUCUGUGUUGUCAUUUACACCAAAUCAACUGACAGCUGGAACAUUCAGCAAAAAAAACUAAGAGGCACCGUCACAUUGUGAGUAAAAAGACUGCUGUUUCUGCCAUGGUUUAUUAUUGCUCAGGAUGAUCAGUCCUGUGUCGUUUCAGCCUGUGUAAGUCUUAAGCGGGAAAGAAGUAAAACUUGACAAAACAAACCAAGGAGUACAGCACGUCGAGGUUACGCCUGCACUGUGAUAUUUGCACCUAAAUUUGCUUUGUCGUCAUUGGCCUCAGUGUCCAUAUCCACCUGUGUACCUUCUGAACCCCUUUACUGCUCUGUAGCCUUCAGUGUUUAUGUGCAAGAAGGAAGUGAUUGUGAAUCACUUCAUGGAAGUGUGCCCUUUAAACAAAGUUAUGGUUGCAGUUAAUUUACUGAAUGUCUUUUUCCUUUUAUACAAAGAAAAUGGGGGAGGGGAGCAAUCAACUUUCCCUGCUGUCAAGAUGGUUUUUUUUUUAAAAUUCUGAUCAUCUUCUGAAAUGUUCAGGGCAUGAAUUUAGCAAAUGGUAUUAUGCUAUAACUGUGUCUGUGAUGGAAAGGCUGUAAUCUGCCAAGCUGGCUAACACGUUGCCCAUGCUUGUGUCUUUUGUGGUUGCCAUUGUAGCGGACAUCAGGAUUAAAUAAAUUAUUUCAUUAUUUCUG